GGUGCCAUUCGACUCCGGGUUUGAUGCGGUGAUGAAGUCCUCGGUGACCAGCGUACAGUAGUCAGCCCUACGAGCUACUUUAGCGCACAACUUCUAGUAUCCGCUGUUGCUCCAGUCUGCUGACUUAUCCAGAGGACAAACUAGACAUUUAGCCCAGUUUUAGUCUCAUUUUCGCCUGUUAGUCCAGCCAGGCUAGACGUGUCGCGCAAUAUCCCAACCACCUUUCGUGGAUUUUUUUCCCCCCCAGCAGCCCAAAUAGUCUGGUGCAUUAAGGGGAAAAGGGAAAACACACUUUCGCGGAUUGUUUGCCGUACAUGGCGAGAAGAUGUGGAAGUAGGUACGAACCGACUGAUAAUGAGGAUUAUUCCUGCAACUAACACAUAUGCAGUGAGGUGCCCUAGUUGCGGAUUCAGGCAGAGGGUGAGAAUUUGGGAGAAGUCGUGUGGAGCACAAAGGUUUAUGUAAAGCCGAGGACACAACAAGUUUGGACCAUGCACCCCUUGUGCUGACACAGGACUGAGGUGGAAGAGGAAAAGCUUGUUUCUGACUGUUGUUUUUUUGGCCCAUACUUUCACCACAACACAAAGUUGGACAAUUCAUAGAAGUUUUGAGUCUGUCCUAACACUUUCGAUUUAAGGUGCUGCAGCCGACCAGUUAAACGUGCUUUAUAUUCAAAUCGUCUGAAACCGCACUUAGCAAAAGUGUCUUUUUUUACUGCAGUGUUGUGUGAGGCUCUCCGAACUGAAGUCCACUUUAAAUGCGGUCUGGUUUGCGGUCAGUCAGUGCACAGUCGAGCUGCCAGUGCCACUUGAUUUUUAAUUCAAGGCAAAACAGAAGUCGGUUCAUUUUUGACCAUUUAGUAGCAGCACUAUGGAGCUGACAUACAGGAUCAUUGUUCUGCUGGGGUGCAUCUUCCUGGACUGGGCUCUACUGGCUUCUGCAGAGGAAGAGGUCCUGAUGAACACUAAAACGGAGACUUCUGAUCUCAAAUGGACCAUCUUCUCACAUGCCAAACCCGAGUGGGAGGAAGUAAGCGGUUUAGAUGAGGAAAACAACAGUGUGAGGACCUAUCAGAUCUGUCAGACUGACAGCUCGUCCAGCCAUUGGCUGCGCAGCGGCUUCAUCCAGCGGCGCGGAGCGUUUCAGGUUUACGUGGAACUGCGAUUCACCAUGAUGGAGUGUUCAUCCAGGAGCACCCACCACCGCAGCUGUAAGGAGACCUUUAACCUUUACUACUACCAGGCAGACUCCAACGAGGCCACGUCCUCUUACCCGCCCUGGAUGGAGAACCCAUACACCAAGGUGGACACAGUGGCUGCAGACUUUCUUCUGAGGAAGGGUGGGGAGCGGAAAUUCAAUGUGAAGACCUUAAGACUCGGCCCUCUAUCUAAGAGAGGCUUCUACUUGGCUUUUCAGGCUCAGGGCGCCUGCAUGGCCCUGCUGUCAGUCAGGGUGUUCUUCAAAAAGUGCCCCCCCCUGGUCAGUGCUCUUUCCUCCUUCCCCGAGACUGUUCCCCGUACUCUGGUGCAAGAAGCGCAGGGUGUGUGUGUAGAGCACGCGGCCCAGCAAGGGCCCCGACCUCGGCCGCCUAAGCUCUUCUGCGGGGAAGAUGGCCAGUGGGUGGGUCAGCCAACAACCUCCUGCGCCUGCCUACCAGGAUUUGAAUCUGCUGAAGGACACACUAGAUGCACAGGCUGUCCUGUGGGUCAGUUCAAGUCGACCUCAGAGGGACAGUGCACAGGCUGUCCAGGAUUCAGCCACGCCGCCAUGGGAGGGGCGUCGGUGUGUGCGUGUCGCUCCGGAUACUUACGUGCAGAGUCUGAACCUCCCAACAUGCCGUGCACUAGACCUCCCUCGGCCCCGCGCAGCAUCGUCACCCAGAUCAACGACACCACACUCAGUCUGGAGUGGAACGAGCCCUUGGACAACGGCGGCAGAACAGACUUGAGCUACUCCGUCACAUGCUCUGUGUGCAGGUCACCGAAGGGGCCGUGCCUCCCCUGCGGAGACAGCGUCAGCUACCGGCCCGCCCAGCACGGCCUGCUGGGUCGCAGGGUGGAGGUGUGGGGCCUGCUGCCUCACACCACAUACACUUUCACAAUCCAGACUCUCAACGGGGUGUCUCAGGUCAGUGGAAAGGACCCUGGCAGUGAAAGCGUCAACAUCACCACAAGCCAUGACGUGCCAUCGCUGGUUUCUGUGAUUCGGAAGAGUGACUCCACAGAGAGCAGUCUGACUCUGCACUGGUCAGUCCCGGCUCAGCCACACUACACCAUCCUGCAGUAUCAGCUACGCUACUGUGAGAAGGAGCGACGUAGUGAAGAUCAGUGCCACUACACAGAGAGUAACAGAAACCAGGCCGUGCUGACGGACCUCCGCAGGGCCACUCAGUACGAGGUGCAGGUUCGGGCGCGCACCAUGGCCGGUUAUGGCAGCUUCAGUCCUGCAGCCAUGUUCCGCACGCUGCCUGAUGGUCACAACUCCGCCUCUCAGUUCUUAGUACCUGGAAUCCUUAUCGCUGCUGGGAUGCUACUGCUUUUCAUUUUUGUCUUUGUGGCCGCCUACUGCAUACGCAGACACAGCCGAGUGAAGGAUCCAGAGCUGAGCGACAAAAACAGCCAGUACCUUGUUGGCCAAGGGGUCAAGGUUUAUAUCGACCCCUUCACCUAUGAGGACCCUAAUGAGGCUGUGCGAGAAUUUGCCAAGGAAAUUGAUGUUUCCUUUGUCAAGAUCGAGGAGGUUAUCGGUGCUGGAGAGUUUGGGGAGGUUUGUCGAGGGCGGCUGAAGAUCCCAGGGAAAAAAGAAAACUACGUAGCAAUUAAGACGCUCAAAGGAGGCUACACUGACAAGCAAAGACGGGACUUCCUUUCUGAAGCGUCCAUCAUGGGUCAGUUCCAGCACCCCAACAUCAUCCACCUGGAGGGGAUCAUCACAGCCAGCUGUCCAGUCAUGAUCCUCACAGAGUUUAUGGAGAACGGAGCUCUGGACUCUUUUCUAAGGCUGAACGACAGCCAGUUCACUCCCAUCCAGCUGGUGGGUAUGCUGCGCGGCAUCGCCUCCGGCAUGAAAUACCUGGCAGAGAUGAGCUACGUCCACCGAGACCUUGCUGCCCGCAACAUCCUGAUCAACAGCAACCUCGUAUGCAAGGUGUCCGACUUUGGCUUGUCACGCUUCCUGCAGGAGAACUCCUCUGAUCCGACCUACACCAGCUCUUUGGGAGGUAAGAUCCCAAUCCGCUGGACAGCACCGGAGGCGAUAGCCUUCAGAAAGUUUACCUCAGCCUCAGAUGUGUGGAGCUAUGGCAUUGUCAUGUGGGAGGUCAUGUCUUUUGGAGAGAGACCAUACUGGGACAUGAGCAACCAGGACGUAAUCAAUGCCAUAGAGCAGGACUACCGGCUGCCACCGCCCCCUGACUGCCCCACCCAUCUGCACCAGCUGAUGCUGGACUGCUGGCAGAAGGACCGCUCGGCGCGCCCUCGUUUCGCGGACAUUGUCAGUGCUCUGGACAAGCUGAUCCGCAACCCCGCAUCGCUGAAAAUAGUGGCUCAAGAAGGCGCAGGGCCGUCUUACCCCCUGCUGGACCAGCGUGCACCUUUAGCCCUCUCGCCGUGUGCUUCAGUGGGAGAAUGGCUGAGGGCAAUCAAGAUGGAGCGCUACGAAGACAGCUUCCUGCAGGCCGGCUUCAACUCAGUGGACCAGCUGGCCCAGAUCACCACACAGGAUCUGCUGCACAUGGGAGUAACUUUAGCCGGGCACCAGAGGAAAAUCCUUUCCAGCAUCCAGACAAUGACUUUUCGGAACAAGAGCACUGCAGCUGUGAGUUUCUAGCUCACCCGUCUCCUAAUCUGGACAUGCAGCCAUGUACUGCGAGUACUCUGGAUCCUCUCAUGUGACCCACUUUGAACACGGACUCCAAGGGAGAUUGGCAGAAAUUACUAUGACCAGAAUUUUUUUUUUUUUUGAAAACCAAACGACUAAACUUGACAUUCCCAUCAGGAUGAGAAAGUCGUUUAUAGACAGGCGAGUCUCUGUCGUCCACAGGGACCAGGAGAUGAAGUUGACUCAUUUUUACAGUUUGUGGUGUUUUUAUAUCGACCUGAAGUCAGGACCCAAUAAAUGUGCUAAACCAAGAGGAGAGACUGAUCAGAAUUUACAACGUUUCUGUUGUAUCAUGUCAUUUUGGAAAUAGACAGUCAACUGUUUUGUUGUCAAGUAAAAAGUCACUUCACCAAAGGAGACAAAAAGAAAUGCCUGUGCCAAUCCAAGGAGUUCAGUUUUCAUAUUAGUGUGUAAUUAUGAAUGAGAACUGCUUUCACCCUGGGUGUCUUGCAUCAAAUCCAUCUGGAUUACAUUAGACAUUUUUCACAUCAAGAAUGAACAUUUUAACAGUUGGAUUUCUUUGUUUCCAUUAGAUUUUUCAACAUUACCUCCUCUUCUCUCAGGUGUGAUGUGUAAUGCAGACUUUGGAGAGCACUGUACUCCUAGUCUAAUCAGACUUCUCUCAUCUUCUUCGGUCUCUCCCCUAAUCGGCUCCACAGAGCGUAAGGAGAAGAGAGACAGAGAGACAUAUCAGCACUUUUGUCAUUUCAGAAUGAAUUGUAAUGUUCAGUAACUCCAUGUGUUUCUCUUGGAGUGUGGUUGGUUAUUUCUACUGCCUGUGUUUCUGCUGGCAGCUCAGUUUUAUUAUAGUUAGACUGAACAAGGACAAAGUGGACUAAGAGACCAGAGAACACUGUACAGUGGGGUUUCUUUGUUGUACCGAGGAAGCUAUCUGGCCUCCAACUUGUGUUUCUUGAUAUAACGGAUGCAUUUUGAAUUCUCUUUUUCAGUAUUCUCCAUCUUCCAGUGCCAUUCAGUCGUAUUUGUGGACUUAAAUGCCAAUUUUAUGAAGCAGAAAUAUCAUGAUUUGAGAUGUGAUUCUUCUUGUGUCAUUAAAAUGUACCUCAAAGGGUUACUUUGACAUUUUGAAGUUCAGUGUAUUCUUUUCCUUCAGGCUGGUUGUGUAGUCAUGAACAUUGUUUCUACUUUUGCCUCAGAGCUACACAAAUUGAAAAGAUAUACAGCUACCAGCUAAGGUAACAUGCUAGCUGACGGUCAGCAGUAUCCAUUGCAUUCUGGGUAGAAUGCUAACAUUGUUGAGCUGCUGUUUGAUUAGCACAGCAGCUCAUUCCCAUUUUAAGUUCAGUGUAUUUUUUCGUUCAUCGGAUGCUGGUUGUGUGGCUUUUGGCACAAAGCUUCAAAAUCAUUGUUUUACAGUUGGCAUAGAAAACUAUACAUAGCUACGAGCUAACAUGCUAGCUUGUAGCUAGUUGCAUCCAUUGGUUUCGAGGUGAAAUGCUAAUCAUAGUGUUGAGCUGCUGUUUGAUUAGCCGAGUAGCGGCCCAUAACAUUAUUGCAAGUGCUUGUUGAAGAAGAAUAACAGACUGGAGUUCAAAAUGUCACAGUAUUGCUCAAAGACUUUGUAUCUCUCCAAGGAUACCACCAGUGUUUUUGACAUUUAGGUCGUGCACAAUUUACCUGCAGUGAUUUAGAAAAAUAAAGUUCAAACAGCCACUAAAACAUAUGCCAAAUGCUAUGACUGCUUUUUUCUGAAUGUGUUUAACCUUGCCAUAGAGCACUUUUGUGAUUAGGUGUUGUUGUUUUUUCAAUUGGCAAUUUGGAUUUUCCUUUUUAACAUGGCAUUUCUAUCAUAACGUGAUACUUAUCUGUGUGCAAUUUACACGCAUUCAAAUUCCAUUUAAAUAUGGUCAAAAUGUUGAUACCAUAACAUGUAUCCACUCUCUUCUUAUCUAACAAAUUUAUUUUAGGCCUUCAUUAAAAACACUGGUAUUGUCACACAAGAGUCUGAGAGAUUCCUUUAAGGAUUAUGGGAAAUGGGGUCUUCAUAUUGAAGAUCUCAAAAAAUGUAACUUUGAAAUAAGGAAUAGAUAAAGUAUGUUUUGAUUACUGUCCUGUGUGUAUGCUAAUCUGUAUUCAGUAUUCAUAAUAAUAAAGAUACACACCGGUGUUUACCAUCAAUGACAUUGAUAAUGACCAUUUUUCUGCCUAUAAACAUGUUGAAUAGCCUCUGUAGAUAAUUAUUGUCAUUCUCACUUUAAGUGAAGCAUGACUUCCCAUACACAUGUGGAUGUCAUUGUUUAGACGUCAAAGGAAGUUCCUGUCCGACCUGAAAGUGAAAACCCAUAUAAUUUACCUGUCUGCGGUCUGACGACAGGCAGAUCUGUCCCAGUGACCCCGGUGACUUCUGACCCAAAUUCAUAGCAAAGCAGCUCCACCCUUGCCAAAACGCACUGUUGUUUCUGGAUUUGCUUGAACCUUUUAUCGUCUUUAUUGAGUUUUUAUUUCAGUCCGCACAGAUAAAUUAAAGUAAAUUAAAUUGUUCUUGGUUCUCGUUUUUAUCUUUUGGUUUGAUAAUGCCUCAUCUGAACUGUCUACGAUCAUAGCAGCAGAAAUGUGCAAAUAAAAUGUCUAAUG